AUGGAUGUACAGAAAGAACGCAUUAGCCAGAUAUUAGCAACAGUAAAAUGCUCUGAUUGUGGAGUUCCGGUAGAGUUUCGACAGUUGAGUUCACAUAUCUGCAAGGCAGCUCCAGCUGUUCCCACUUUACCAGCAGCUUUUAAAAGUAAUAUGGGUUCUUCGACUGGUCCCAAUCCAGGCGCUCCAAUGAUAUUUCCGGGCAUAAAGAAACUAGAUAAUAGCAAUAAUUCAAAACCAAGCCUUAAUCCUAUUUCGGUUCCUGGCCAGAAUCCAUACAACAAUUAUGGGCAACCACCACGCUCCCCGAUUUCACCACGUUCCCCAUACGAAAAUCCUCCUUCGAUGCCUGUAAAUGCGGGGUAUUCGGGUAUGCCAGCAAAUUACAACAACCCUCCAGAGGCUACGCGUCUCGUCAGCGGGAACCCACCUACCACCUUCCUGAAAAAAUAUAAUAAGCUUACCGGCAAAUCCAUAGAGACAUCUACAAACCAAUUCACAACUUCUCCAGUAGAAGCUCCAUAUCCUGAUAACAGCAGAAACGAUUAUUUCGGUAACGCAACAUUCCCUGAACCUUCGGUGCCGCGGGCGGGACCUUACCAACCAAAUCCUAAUGGGGUUGGACAAGGAAAUACUUUCAAUAACACUGCCCCUAAUAAUUCAUAUAACCCGCGUGGCCAGUAUGCGCCCGAGAGAAACCGAGAUGUAUAUGGCUUUGAUAAAACACGAGAUCAACCUGGAGCAGAUUGGACGCGCGACCAAUAUCGCGUUAAUGGAGAUCAGCCUGGGUCAGAUAAGAGAUUUGACCAAUAUCGUGCUGAUGGAGAUCAAACCGGAGUAGAUAGAAUGCGCGAUCAAUAUCGUGCUAAUGAUCAGCCUGGAUCAGAUAGGAUGCGCGACCAAUAUCGUGCUAAUGAUCAGCCUGGAUCAGAUAGGAUGCGCGACCAAUAUCGUGUUAAUGAUCAGCCUGGAUCAGAUAGGAUACGUGACCAAUAUCGUGUUAAUGAUCAGCCUGGAUCAGAUAGGAUGCGCGACCAAUAUCGUGCUAAUGAUCAGCCUGUAUCAGAUAGGAUGCGCGACCAAUAUCGUACUAAUGAUCAGCCUGGGUCAGAUAGGAUGCGCGACCAAUAUCGUGUUAAUGGAGAUCAACCUGGGUCAGAUAAGAUGUUCGACCAAUAUCGCGUUAAUGGGGAUCAGCCUGGGUUGGUUAAGAGGUUCGACCAAUAUCGUGUUGAUGGAGACCAACCUGGAGCAGAUAGGAUGCGUGAUCAAUAUCGUGUUGAUGGAGAUCAAACCGGUUCUGAUGAAAGGUUCGACCAAUAUCGUACAAAUGAUAAUAUGAAUCCUAAUGAUCGUUAUAACAACGCAAAGGACUGGGUAAGAGGGGAACAGGACGACUAUUCUGCAAGAAGCCGAUCGCCGGGUGGCUAUGAGCGAUCGAACGAUAGAAACGAUUACGAUAGAAAAUAUAACCCAUCUAAUCCUAACCCGCUACAGUCAAAUACUGAUUACGAGCAUUCCCGGAAACCUUCCUAUGGGAGGCAGAAUAAUUAUCAGCAGUAUGGAUACGAAAAUAAUAAUAGGUCUCCGCCAGUUCGCAAAGCAUCUAACGAUCCAAAUAAUAUUCCAUCAUCCGGACCCUAUCUGCCACCAUCAUCUCCCGAACAUAACAGAACACCCAGUGCUAGCAGGAAAUUUAGUGGAGAUACCGUAAGCACUGCGAAUACUAGAAAUACCGAUGGCGUCGAGACGCUGAUGGACGACCUGCUCAAGGAAAUGGGUAGUCUUUCAACGACAUCUGCGAACGAAUAUGAUAGCAAGAGCGCCUAUCACUCACGAAACGCAAGUGCUACAAACGAUAUCUGUGCCUACUGUAAUGGACCGAUAUUAUCUAAUCCCUUGCGAGCAUUAAACAAAUUAUGGCAUCCUCACCAUCUUUUGUGUGCGCGAUGUAAUAAACCAAUUGACCCAGACGUUGGACACGUAGAAAAAAAUGACCAAGUAUAUUGUCCCCAUGAUUUCACGGAUUUGUUCCUGCCCAAAUGUCGUGCUUGCAAUCGCCCGGUGGAGAAGGCAGUGAGUUCGAGUGAUGGAAAAUUAGAGGGCAAAUGGCAUGCAAGUUGCUUUUGCUGUCAGACUUGUCGUAAACCGUUCCCAAACAAAUCCUUUUACGUAUUCAAUAACGCACCGUAUUGUAAGCGUCAUUAUCACAAACUCAACAAUUCGCUAUGUAAAAAUUGUGAUGAUCCAAUUGAAGGUCCGUGUGCACAGACAGUAGAAGGCUGGAGAUAUCAUCCAACUUGCUUUACCUGCUUUACUUGUCGCGACCCACUAACCGAAACGUACUAUAAUUUCGAGGAUCGUCAAUAUUGUGAGACACAUAUCAUGGAAAUUCAACAACGAAGAAAGAUUCGUGCUGAGAAGCGACAAACCAUGUUCCAUGUUCUUCGUUGA